UCUUCGAUGAUCGACGCGCCUCUGUUUCGGCUUUUUGUGUGUGUUGUUCCCGCGAAAGGGAAGUGAACGAAAGAUCAUUGGUGUGAUCAGCGAUGAAAUCUAGAAAGCGGCCCAGGGAGAACACUCCCGUUGUGGACGCCCAGACGGAAGCAGCUGAUCGAGAACAGUUCUUGAAGGCAUUUGAAAAGCCAACACAGAUUUAUCGGUACCUAAGAACCAGACAUCAAAUUUCUCCUAUUAUUCUACAUAGAACAUUGACUUACAUGAAAGAAAGAAGAUCUGUUAGCAACACUAAGAGAAAAAGUUUUGAUGUAAACUCCAUGCUGAAGACAAUCACUGAUGACAAGCAGAAAACUUCCACUAAAACAGAGAAAACAAAGUCUUUAAAUUUAAGAAUUGCAGGAUACUUUUGUGAAGAUGAGUGUAAUGACAUGGUCGAUGUAGAAGUAUCCCUCCUACAAGUGUGUGAGAAGAGGCGUGGAGGAUCAGUAAACUCGGUAACAAAGACCUCCUUAAAGACCCUGCGGGUUCCUGUAAAUCCUAGCAGGGAGGAGAGCCCAGAUCCAUUCACCAUCUCCCACGAAUGCUUCAACAACAGUCACAUCUUACCAGUCAAACCUCUCAUUCUGUGUCUUAGUGUUAACACCUCACCAAAGAAUGGUAUGGUCAACGGGCAGUGCAAUGGAAACAUAGACUCAACUGAUGAAGAACUUCCAAAUAAAAAGAGAAGAAAUGGUCAGUUUGCUCCAGACAGUAUUGAAAAGCCUGUUUUUAGCACAGAGGUUGUAAUACUGGAUAGGAACAAGAAAUGUCACCUAGUCAAUGGGGACUAUGAGUUUGUUUUACAUGAGCAGGGGGCAGACUUCAAGAAUGCAUCCUGGGAAACAGUCAUGAAUGGCAAGCAUGUUCAGGCUUUUGAGGUGUUUAACUUUCAUCCCACACUCAAGUGCUCUAUAGACUGGACCAUUAAUGGUAAACCAGACAGCUCAAUCAACUCAGGGGCCACAGAUACUCAUACACAGUACAUAAUGGACAACAGACUCGCACAAGUUCCCCUCAACUCAGGGACCAUCUCAAAAGAGGAGGAACAAAGUACUCCAAAGAAAAGGCAGCGUGUAUUUUACCAGUUUCUCUACAACAACAGUACUCGCCACCAGAACGAGGCUCGUGAGGAUCUCCGUUGUCCUUGGUGUGCACUCAACUGCAUCCAUUUAUAUGGACUCCUCAAGCAUCUCAGACUCUGUCACGCCCGAUUUAAUUUUAUUUCCAUGCCACAUCAUAAGGGUGUGAGAAUCGAUGUCACCAUUAAUGAGCGCUAUGAUGGAUCAUAUGCAGGGAAUCCCCAAAAUCUUUACAGCAAUGUUGAUAUAGGAUAUGCAUUUAGACGCAAUGGACCUGUACGGAGAACCCCAGUCACACAAGUGCUUGUGUAUAGACCAAAAAGACCUGCACAGUCAUUGACCGAGUUUAUGGAACCUGAAAAUGACAUACAGAUCAACAGACAAUUCAUGCAGGGUCACAACAGGCUGUAUUAUCACACCAUGACAUCAGAAGUCAUCAGACCACAGGAAAUAGAUGUGGACAGUGAGGAAGAAACAGACCCAAUCUGGCUCAGACAGAAAACUGUUAAUAUGAUUGACGAGUUUACUGACGUUAAUGAGGGUGAGAAAGAGUUGAUGAAGUUGUGGAAUCUUCAUGUCAUGAAAUACAACUUCAUUUCGGACUGUCAGAUCCCAGAGGCCUGUUACUCAUUUGUACGGGAACAUGGAGUGGAAUUGAUAAAGAAAAAUCUCAACAAGAACUUUCUUGUCCACAUGGUCAACAUGUUUGACUUCAGUUUGAUUCGGCCAGAUGUUGUUCACAAGACAAUGAGACUACUGGAUGAAGUAGAGGAUUACAUCCAUAGAUCCUGAGAAUGAGACAAAGAUGAACGUGUAUAUAUAACAGUUUAGAUCUGUAUUUAUUAACUAGAUCUGUAUUUAUGUUGAAAUCCAUCUUAUUAAUGGAUUUUUAAGGUUAAUUUUUAAAAUAUGGUGACAUAGAUGAAAAAGAAUAUUUCCGUCCACCUCAGAUUACAUCUAAAAGUCAUCUAUUAUAAGGGCAUCCGUGGUGAUCAGUGAUUCCAGUGAUAAUUACUGGUAAAUUUAGUAGCAUUACACUAAUAUGUUUUAAAUGAACCAAGGAAAUGUGUGACAAAAAAAAAAAAAAAUAGUAAAAAAUCCAGAAUCAAAUAUGUAAAUUAGUAUUUAUUUAAAGAUUUAUACCAUCCCUCAUAUCAAAUUAAAGUGGAACUUAAUGAAAUAUAUCUUGUGAACAUUCCAUGCUCCUUAUACAUGUAUGUAUUUCCAGUGUGUACACUUACGGACCUUUAUAUGUAUGCAACUUAAUUUAUUAUUAGAGCAAAUGGAAGAAAGAUUUUUCAUAAAUAAUAUCAGAUGAGUAAUAGUAAAACUUAUGUUAAAUAUUACUAUCAUGUUUUGAUUUAUCAAGUGUUUCUAAUUGUUUUAAAUUGCAAUUACAGUUUUUAAAAUUGAUAUGUCAAGUCCAUAUUAAAGAAGGCAUAAUCAAGUCAAUGAUAUUUCCGGAACUUCCUAUAAUGGUAUACAAUAUAUCAGAAAUUAUUAAUAAGUGUUGCGUAUUUGUUGAUUAAUCGUAUGCACAUAAAAAAAUUUGUGCUGUGUUUCUAUCUUUGUACAUGUGUAUACCAGUGGAUGUUUUGUAAAGGUUAUGUUGUGAAAUGAUUAACUUAAUUUACCAUCGACUCAGGGUCACUUUCAUCUUCCCUAUGCAUCAAAUCAGGGAAAAUAAUCAGGGAUUGCAAAUAAGAAGAUCAAUUCUAAGCUCAUUUACUCCAAAUGUACCACCUUCAAAAGAAAUUAUGGGCAUUGAAUAAAUAAUGACUUAUAUUAAGUAUUUUUAUUUCAAAAUUUCAAAAAUGUUGGUAUAAGUGUGCAUUUCAUACAUUAUACAUUCAACUUCUGAGAUUGAAGAACUACAUGUAUAAUACAGUAUCAGUUAAAUAUUACAUGUGUAAUGAAGAUAAAAUAAAGUUGUUUUCUUAAAUAUGGCAUUUUCCAAUAAGUUGUUUAUGAAAGAUAUGUAAUUUAUUACUGCAAAUCAUUUAAAUUAAAUUGCCUUAAAGGGUUUGGACCAGACAGGAACUAAAAUGUAAUACAUGUACAUGUAUGUUGGGCAGUCAGUUGUAAUUUUGUAAUUUACUAAUUGCAAAUACAUGUUAUCAUCAUCUUGGUGAGCUCUCAUUUUCCAUUAAGUUCUGGAUGGAAAUGAACUAGAUUUCUAAAAUAUAUAUUUAUACAGUAUAUAUAGAAAGAGCAUGUGAAAUUCACAGCUUAGUUUACAUAGUACAGUAUCUUUUUGUACUUAUUUAACUACACGGUACAUUCCAAACUAUUUUCAGUUGGAAAAAUGACUUAAUUUAACCAGCCUACAUUAAAGAGGAUAUCUUGAUCUUUGGGCAAUUGUAUAGUCAUUAUGGAUACAAAUAUUUCAGAAGUUCAAUUGCUUUUCAAAUAUUAAGGUACAUGUAUCCCAGUUAAAAUGUUAACAACCAAAAAAGGGGUCAGAAAUUAAAAUGUGGUGGAGUUUUAUAUUUUAGCUACAUGUACUUCUACUCGUAAAUGCAUGAUGAAAUGAAAUAGUAUAUGUUCCAUCUAGCAGUGUAACACUAAUAAGACGUAUUGCAAAAUUGAGAAACAAGUGAAGUUGAACUUCAUGUGUAUAGUGUAUCUGAUGUAAUUUCAUUUCAAGAAAAUACGGCUUUUGCUCUUGGCAGUUGAACAUGUUAAUUUUAAGGUAUUGAAUAGUAAAUGACAAUUUUGGGUGGAAAUACAAUUCUGGCUAAUAUAGUGCCUUCUUGAUUAGUUACCUGUUUUGAAAGAAAGGGACAAAGGGGCGGGAGGGGGGAGGCUUCCUGAUACUGUGAAGGAUUUUAAGAUUCAAACAGUGUUGUAUGCACAUUUUUUAUGAAGUACAAUAUCAUAUAACUAAUGUUGUGACGAUAGACUACGUUAAUGUUACGAGUUCCCUGUGAUGUUGAAAACUGUUACUGUGUAGAGGCAUGUGACCAUUGUUGUAUCGACUAAAAAUUAAACAUGAUAAAAUCAGAUUUAGUAUCUAUCAUGUCUGUUUAUCAAUUAUUAUAACCUCCCUCAUGAUUUUUUUUAACACUUUGAAAUUUUAUGCUUAUGAUACAAUUGUUAUACGCAUUGCAUGAUGUCAGGCAUAAAGUGUGUAUGUCUCUGAAAUACGAAAAAAAUCUAUUUUUUCUGUGAAUCCUGUUAUAUGUAUAGUAUGAAUUUGUGCAGCAAGCAUGUAUUUUUGUGAAAAUAAAUUAAUUGUCAUCUGAA